AUGCUCUCACGACCGAGCAUCGUCCAGCGCGCCUGGGCACUUGCCCUAGGAGUUAUCGCUGGGAGCACCCUUGUGCUAGCCGGACCUUGUGAUCUCUACGCGUCUGGCGACACGCCUUGCAUUGCCGCACAUAGUACCACUCGCGCUCUAUACAGCGCAUACUCCGGCAGCCUUUACCAGGUUAAACGCGGCUCAGACAGUGCCACAACUGCCAUCGUGCCGCUCACCGCUGGAGGUGUCGCAAAUGCCGCUGCCCAAGACACAUUCUGUGCCAACACAACCUGCCUUAUCACGAUCAUCUAUGAUCAGUCCGGUAAUGGAAACCACCUCACCCAAGCUCCACCUGGCGGCUUUGAUGGUCCUGAAUCCAAUGGCUAUGAUAACCUGGCCAGCGCAAUUGGUGCACCGGUUACGCUGAAUGGCAACAAGGCUUAUGGCGUCUUUGUUUCGCCCGGCACGGGCUACAGAAACAACGAGGCCUCCAACACGGCUACGGGAGAUGAGCCAGAGGGCAUGUAUGCUGUUCUUGACGGUACUCACUACAACGGUGCUUGCUGCUUCGACUAUGGUAAUGCCGAGACUAGCAGCACUGAUACUGGUAACGGUCAUAUGGAGGCUAUCUACUAUGGCGACAGUACCUCUUGGGGCUAUGGCUCUGGCGACGGUCCUUGGAUCAUGGCCGAUCUGGAGAAUGGCCUUUUCUCUGGCUACAGCGCUACAGAGAACAGUGCUGACCCGUCGAUCUCCUAUCGAUUCGUUAGCACGAUCGUCAAGGGCGAGCCAGACCAGUGGGCCAUCCGUGGUGGAAACGCUGCAUCCGGCUCUCUAUCAACGUACUACAGCGGCGUGCGCCCAUCUGCAUCGGGCUACAACCCGAUGAGCAAAGAGGGUGCCAUCAUUCUUGGAAUUGGCGGUGACAACAGCAACGGCGCCCAGGGUACUUUCUACGAGGGUGUGAUGACCUCCGGGUACCCCACUGAUGCAGUCGAGAACUCGGUUCAGGCUAACAUUGUGGCUGCGAAAUACGCUGUGACUUCACUUGUCGGCGGCAAAGCUCUUACCGUUGGCUCUACCAUCUCGCUGCGGGCUACCACAUCUGGAUAUACCACCCGCUACAUCGCGCACACCGACACUACUGUCAAUACCCAGGUUGUCACUUCCUCCAGCAGCACCACCCUCAAGGAGCAGGCUAGCUGGAAGGUUGUCACUGGCCUUGGUAACAGCGGUUGCUACUCGUUCGAGUCUGUCGAUACACCCGGUAGCUACAUUCGUCACUACAACUUCGCGCUGCUGCUCGCCGCCGAUGACAGCACGAAGCAGUUCUAUGAGGAUGCGACUUUCUGCCCUCUUGCUUCUCUUAACUCGGCUGGUACUAACUCUAUUCGAUCAUGGAGUUAUCCUACCCGCUAUUUCCGUCACUACGAGGAUGUGCUCUACGUUGCAAGCAACGGCGGCGUUGACACCUUUGAUUCGACCACCUCAUUCAACGAUGAUGUGAGCUGGGUGGUUACUACUGCCUGGGCCUCUUAG